AUGCUUCUCGAGCUUCCUGUGCAUGAUCUAGCGGCCGGUUCCAAGCAGCUACUGGAGAAAUCCGACAACAGGAGUGGUUUGUCGGCAAGCUCAUCAGCACAUUUGAAGAAGACAUUGAGGCUUCGUGAGAACGGGCGUCAUUUGUUGCUUGGAAGAAAUGGUUGUGGGAAGACGACACUGUUGCGUGCUAUCGUCUCUGGUGAAUUGCAAGGCUGGCCACAGUCACUCACCACGUAUUUGGUUGACCAAGAGUUGAGCAUGGACUUGUUUGUGUCACCACUCGAGACUGUUCUGAGGGCUGACCACCGUCUUUAUUCCUUGCAGAAAGAGCUGAAGCAGUUGGAAGAGAUUUGCACUGACCAAAGUGACCAAGCAGACAAAGCAUCAAACAGACUGGGCGAAAUCUACGCGGAAUUGAACGACUCAGGAGCUGAAAGUGAACCUGAGUGGAGGACCCGCGCAAUGUCUUUGCUCAAAGGUCUGGGGUUUCAAGAGGCGCAAUGUACUGAGCCAAUAGAUCAGAUCAGUGGGGGUUGGAGGGUGCGUGUUGCAAUUGCUGCUGCACUGUUUGUACGACCGCGGUUGCUCAUGUUGGACGAGCCGACAAAUCAUUUGGAUUUGGGAGCGAUUGAAUGGCUGCAGCAACAUUUGGUUGAUGAGUACAAAGGCACUGUGCUUUGCGUUUCGCACGAUCGAGAGUUUAUCAAUGAAGUCUGCACAGACAUCAUAGUGUUUGCUGAUCAGGCUUUGACGUACUUUCAUGGAACAUUAGACAUGUUUGAGGAGGCUGCAAUGGAGAAGGCUCGGCACAUGGAGCGCGAGGCUGCAGCUAUAGAAAGAAAGCGGGAUUCCAUUCUUCAGACAAUUCAACAUAAGGAGCAACAAGUUGCCAGCGCACAAAAGAACAAGGCAAAAAACAAGUCUAAGAACAAAUAUGCAAUAUUGCAUGACGCAGAAAGCAAGGGCACCUCAAGUUUGGUGAGCUGCCAGCAACAAAAGCUGGAGCGCCUGGGAAUGGAAAAAACGGAAGAUGGGAAACGGUUCAAGAGCUCUGAGCAUGGAAAUCGUGCUGGAUCGAUGGCAGACAAUGAGGGUGGCUGGGUCGAUGGAAAGAUGACGGCCGUCAAAGCUGCUACCUUUAAGUACCCCAACAGUCAGGAGUCAUCAUUGAACGAGGUGGAUUUGUCGGUAUCGGCAGGAGACCGCAUUGCCAUUCAAGGUCGCAAUGGAGCUGGCAAGUCCACCCUGGUCAAACUGAUUACUGGUGAAGUGGAAGCCACAGAGGGAGAUGUUUGGCGGCAUCCGAGUCUGAAGGUCUCAGUUUUGCAUCAACAUGACACUGAUGCCCUCGCUCAUACUAGCGCAUCUCCAGUGGAAUGGCUGGCAGAGCUGUAUCCCAAGAAAAAGGAAUUGGACCUUCGAAAGCAAUUGGGUUCUUUUGGAGUGACAGGUGACCUUGUGUUUCAGCCCCUUAAGACUUUGUCAGGGGGUCAACGAAUGCGAGUUCUUUUCACCAAAAUAUGUAUGGAGCUUCCGCAGCUGCUCGUCCUCGAUGAGCCAACCAAUCAUUUGGACAUUUACUCCAUUGAUGCUCUAUGUGUCGCGCUGACCGAGUUUCGUGGUGCAGUUCUCCUCAUCAGUCACAAUCGUGAUCUCUUGCGAAAGGUUGCUAAAGAGCUCUAUGUGAUCUCGAAAAGCACCCGAAAGCUGUCCUUAGUCAGCCGCGCAUUGCCAGAUGGUUCGCCUUUGGAGAUCCCUUCCGUUGCUGACAUGUCGCCGCGUAAAGCGGAGGCGACGCAGGAGAAGCCAAAGGGCAAAUUUGAACCACCCAAGAGGAGUGCGGAGAAGAGUCCAGAGAAGUCUCACGCGGAGACAGAACAAAAGCCAGUGCAGGCACCUCCAUGGCUGCGACAGUUUCGCCGUUGA